AACUCAAACAAUGCUGGUUUGCCUGCCACAAGAUCACCCAAAACUCCGCCCGCUACACAGGCCCAAAGGUCCUCUUGAAGAUAAGCGGAUUCACUCACCACCCUUCCAAAGAUUAGACUCUGUCGCGCUUGGGAUACCAAGCAUGAAGAAACAAGACGUUAUGGAAUUCAUAAACAAGCAGAAAACAUCUCCUUGUAAGAAACAAGACGUUAUGGGACACUUGGCAAAAGAUAAAUAUUUGCAUGACAAAUCAAUCGAAGAAGUGUCGAUAAAGAUAGAAGAGGAAAAACUCAGAUCAGAAAAUUUGAAGUGGAGAAAGAAAAUAAGGAAGAGAGAUGGUCGGCUGGUAUGGGGAACAGAAGCAAUUAAGCUAGAGAAUUACCCAGUAAUGGUGACAAAAGUGUUUGAAAUGCGUUGUAGACACAACGGGGGAUCGAAACCAAAUAAACCAAAUAAACUGGUCCCCAAGGCCAAGAGACAAAGACGCAGGUUUAAGCCGCUCCUACUUUGUACAGACUGUCCAUGUUUGAUAAAGCUUUCGGAGUACAAAUUGUAUUAUGAAUAUCAGUGCUGCUUACAGGGAAAUGAAUCUGAGCAAAGGUUUUUAAUGGAAUCGCUGAAAAAUAACAUCAAGGCUGCUAAAUUCCAAUUAGUGACUAUCAUCGAAAGAGUGGAGGAGGCGCAUAAUCAUCCGUUAAAUUAUAGGGAAGAUAGUGUUGUCACUUCCGAAAACCACCAAAACUCUGAGCACACUCGGACGUCUACCUGCAUCUUUCGUCCUGACCGCCCGUGGGUGACUACUGCAGAGAAAGACAUAAAACCGGUCACUAAGGAUAAAGCAAGAUCUUUAAAUGCCGAAAAAAUACGAAACAUCCUGAAAAAAGACGAAGAAGCUGGGUGGGACAGAAAUGUGCCAGAUAUGACAAGAUUAAUAGAAGAGCUGAGGAUUGAAGAUCCAGGCGGGUACUAUAUUAUUAGGAGCGGAGAUGGGGACCAUGGAAACUCCAUGCUCAUUUUACAGACGAGCUUCAUGUGCCAAAUGCAGAGGAAAUACGUCAAGAACUUGUGUGUUUAUUGUGACUCAACGCACAAGGUCGCAGUUAACGAGAAUGUUUCAUUGUAUGUUUUAGCUCUGAAAACAAAUACCGGGUUUCAGACGAUCGCGAUUGCUUUUACGAUUAACGAGGAGGUGGAAACUGUUCAAGACUACCUCGAGAAGAACAUUCGUAUCAACCCAAAGUGGAAACUUCUUUCCAGCUCUACAGAUUACUGUAAUGGUGGGGUAAGAGCUUUCGAGAGGGCUUUUGGGUGCAUGCAACACAAAGAUCGUGGAGAGGUGUUCAGUGGAGUAAAACAUCGAUCUUGCCUGCUGCGCAUUGCCAGGGCUAUACAGGAGUGGAUUAAAGAAGAAACGUGACGACGAGAAUGAAGUAUAGUACAAUGUAGAUAUUGUAUUCUCGGUAGUAUAUAAUUAGUAAUUUUUAACAAUUGUUUGUUUAAUUCUGAUCUAUUCAGAAAUUUUGAUGUUUAUCAUAAAUUUUACACACAGUGACUUUUUACUCUUUUAAAAUAUAAUGCCUUUUAGUUUUCUAUGAGUAGGUAUUUUCAAUGUUGGCAUAUGAUGAUUGUUGAAUGCUUUUUUCUC